GCGUCUGCGGUCAGUAGCACACCAACUUCCAGCGAGCCCGGAGUCGAGCCCGGAUUUUGACUCUUGCCUUGGCGCGAAUUUGCCCGGAUUUUUCCUAGCGUGUGUGCGCUUCUUCUUUUUCUUUUGUGCUCUGUGACGGUGCUGUGCCAUGAGAGGUGCCGAGUGGUGCCUGCUCUUGGUGAGUGUGGCGGCGUGUGCGGGGGUGUCCUCGCGGCUGCCGAGGACCAGUGCGGGACAGUUGGCGGCGGCCGCCGCCGCACAGAACAAGACGGCGGCGCAGCUGAGGGGCAGGACGCUGCACACCACCAUCGGGCCGCCCCCGGGACGGGGGGCCUCUAGUCGAGUUAGAGAGCAAUACCUCUUCAACGUAUUCGAAGCCAUAAUCUCAACCCUCGAAUCCAAACUCCAGCGGAUCGAAAACUUGGACAAAGCCGUCGAGCAUUUGAUGCGAAGGGUGGAAGGUUUGGACAAUCGUGUUAACAACAACAUUGACAAAACUGAAUCAGUGAUCGCAAAACUGUCGCUCCUUGACUCCAAACUGUUCAAUUUCGAUUCGAAAAAACCAGAUGGGUCAAAUGAUGGCAACGUGGGUCGACGAUUGGUCGCCCUUGACCAGAAAGUGAGUGACAUUGACAAUAAACUGAACGUUUUGAAGAGCCAGCUCGACAACAACUUGCUCCAAGGCGAAGACAUCAAUGCUGAAGCAAGCGAGAAGAAACCAGUGAGCAUGAACGUGGUGGAAAUCACCAAGGCGUUGAACACGGAAGUGAUAAACCACGUGACCAAAGAGUUGGGCCAAUUGAGGGAAGCCACGGGAAGUGUUGACCGGAAACUGCAAUUUCAUAUCACUUUAGUCUCGGAGAAUUUGGGCAAAGUGUUGACUAUGAUGACUGAUAUUCACCACGCCAUAGUUGAUGAUAUUACAAGUCAUUAUAAUAGAACCACAACUCCGGCCCCGGAACCCAAAAACAACAAAAUCGACGCUUUGGUGCAACAAAUCCGCCCGAUUAUCUCCGUGUCGGAGAAAAUGGACGAGGUUUGGGACGUUGUUGUUGGGACUAAAUCGUCGGUUGACGAUUUGGUGCCGAAAUCUGACGAACUGCUGACGCAGACGCAGCGACAGGAGCGAGCGAUCGGCGAAAUCCACAACGAUUUGAGGACUAAGACCAAUAAAAUUAUCGCGAAUUUGGAUAAGGUUGAGAAGAGGUUGAAGAAGCAGGAGGAUGAUGUGGCCACGUUGGCCCAGAGACCUGUCCCAGCUGAGUUGUUAUUGGAUCCGACUAUUGAUCGUUUGGUUGAGUAUGAUCCCAGUCGGUAUGUUGAUGAGUAUUCAACUGAUACGACUCUUCCGGCGACUUUCACCACUUUGCCGCCCCCGACUACCGCCACUCAAGCGUCAACGUUGAAUCAGAGUAGUACAACUCCGGUGAGUUCUUCAACUCAGGCCACAACAGAGAAAAGGGCGGAGAAGAGGAAAAGUGGCUUGAUUUUCCCGAGUGUGAAAAAUAAGCCUUCGCCGGCGAAUACCACGUUUGCGACCGAAGUUUUGGCCAAUGUCAAGGAUGUUAAGGGGUAUUCUUGCGUGGACCUGCUGAACGCUGGAAUGCGUGAUUCCGGUGUUUACUACUUGCAAAUCCGGGGAACCACCUACUGGUUCUUGAAGGUGUAUUGCGAGCAAGAAAUCGCCGAUGGUGGAUGGACGGUGAUCCAGCGCAGAGACGACUUCGGCGACCCUCGAGAGAACUUCAACAGGGACUGGAACGACUACAAGAACGGCUUCGGCGACCCGGCCAAGGAGUUCUGGCUCGGCAACGAAAACAUCUACAUGCUGACCAACAACGAGGAGUACAUCCUGCGCGUGGAGCUCGAGGACUUUGAAGGAAAUAAAAGAUUUGCCCAAUACUCGCACUUCAAGAUAUUCUCAGAAGGGGAAUAUUACAAGUUGGAGAUCGAUGGUUACGAAGGCAAUGCUGGGGAUUCGCUGAACGAUCCGUGGUAUGGAAGCAACAACAGUCCGUUCUCAACAUACAACAGAGACAACGAUAGGUCGAGCCUCAACUGCGCCUCCAUGUUGAAGGGCGGCUGGUGGUGGAAGUCCUGUGGACGGGGCCUUAACGGCCUCUACCUCAACGAUCCGCAAGAUCUUACAGCACGGCAAGGUAUAGUCUGGUUCCGGUGGAGAGGCUGGGACUACACGCUGAAGAAGGCCAUGAUGAUGAUCAAACCGAAAGGACCAGUUACAACAACAUAAAAAGUGGAAGAAAACUAGCCAAUUUAUAAUCACCGGUCCAUUUAAUCAUAAAAUUCAUCAAUCAUAAAUCAAUAUUUAUUUCGACACAUCCGACACUUACCUAUUUUAAAUUACCUCAUAGUAUAGUAUACUGAAAAUGAUUUUUCACAGAAAUAUUGCCUAGAACGGUUCUAUCGACCAACGAAUUUUCCCCAGUUGUAUGUAAAUAUAAAUGAUAGAAUUGUUCCUAAUGUAGGUUAAGAUUGUACAUUUGCGCUCCCAUCUUAGUUUUGUAAGGAGGUGUAUUUGCAUGUAGUUACACUAAUACAUACACAGAGACGCACACACAUUUCCUGCACGAUUUUUGCAAAAACUAACAUUUACUAAUAGCGAGGCAAAAUGUGUUUAAAAUUUCCGCUGAUUAUAAAUUGGGAAAACACGAAAAUGUUGAGGAAAUUUAAGACUGUGUCGCUUAUCGGAGGAAAGUUUCGUCGAUAAGUUUGUAUUAAUGUAAGGUAUUUUGUUGUGAGGCUAAUGGGACAUGAAAUGCAAUGUUCGUAUUAGGCAGGUUAAAAUCAAAUCUUACCGUAGGUCUUGUACCUUAAGCGUUUUACAUGGUUGUUGUAAAUAUUCUAUUUCAGAGUUGUAUAAAUUAAAUAUAUUUUAAUAUAAUAAAUUAUGUUAAGUAUUAA